AUGGAAGAGAAAAAGAAAUCAACCCUAGGAAAGGCCUUCUCUCGCACCUUCUCGCGCAAGUCCCACCAGGCGCCCCCUUCGCCCGUCGCUGCUGCGAAGCCCAUCGAAAAGCCCAUCGAUAGCCAACCCUCCAAUGGUGCACUCACCCCCGCUGCUGCCCCUGUCCCUGCCCCUGUUGCCGCCACCAACCCCAUCUCGCCCAUCUCGAUCCCAACCCCCAACAUGGCAUCAACCUCUCCUCCCGACUCGACCGGCCAGUCGCGUAUUACCUCCCCCACCACCGCUCCUCAGUCGCCCCAGAACAACUCUAUGCACGCCCGCGACGGAACCGGACUCUCCAACACCAGCGCCACGAGCCGCCACGGUCUCUCUGGCGAGGACGGCGAGGGUCUCAACCCUGCCGACAUUCUCCUCAACCGCCUCAAUGCCUUCAAGGGAGUUAUCAAGAACCUGCAGCAGUACUUCACCGAGAUUGCAGAGGUCGAGACUGGUGUCAGCAAGGCGAUGAACAAGGCCUCGGGUGUUCUUGUUGUUCCUUUCAAGGACGGCCAGCAGUUCCUGGGUGCUGGAGGCUUCCAGGAUGUCUGUGUUGGUCUCAGGGAUUCGGCAAAGUCCAGCUGCGAGCAGCAUGCCAGCGCGGCCCGCUUUGUCGAGGAGACGAUUGUCAAGAACAUCAGACGCCUCAAGCAGGACAUCAAGAACAAGAUCAAGGGAUUGAAGGCGGACACCGGCCUCUACAGCAGCAAGGUCUUCAAGGAGCGCGAGGCCACCCAGGAGAGGAUCGCAACCUUGGCCAAGGCAAUCGGACUCUUUGACAUGUCUGGCCAGCACCAGCACGAUAUGGAGAAGGUGCAGUCGGACCCUUACGUUAUCAACAUCUCAUUGAGACGCCAGUUGGCCAAGCAGGUCCAUGAGGAAAACUUGUUUGCUCGCGCAUUGAAGCAAUGCCAGGACGAAAUCAAGACCUUCGAGGCUCAUAUUAUCAAGGAGGCCAAGCAGAUCCUGAGCGCCUUUGCCGAAUACCAGCUCGCCAAUGCCUCGACUGCCUUCUCCCAGUCCUGGGCUCCCACCCAGGAGGCCUUGAAUGCCCUUCAGGAAGACACCGAAUGGAACAACUUCCUUGGCCUCCACGGACACCGCCUCUUCCCCUCCGAGCUCGUCGACGCCAACCCUGACGGCCUCGACUACCCCUGCAAGGACAGCCCCUAUGUCCACCCCAUCAAGACCGCUCACCUCUCCAGGCAGUCGUCUGUCCUCAAGAACUGGAAGGACGGCUACUUUGUCCUCACCUUGGCUGGAUGGUUGCAUGUCUUUGGAUCUGCCGAUCAAGAGAAGGAUGCCGUCCCCGACCACUCUAUUUAUAUUCCUACCGCCACCCUCGGACCUCAUUCCGACGCUAGUCAGAAGCAGCACGUCUUUUCCUUGGACGGCAAGGGCAAGGGCGGUCUUCUUCACCGCGAAGCCCAGACCUUCACUCUCCGCGCACACUCGAGAGAGGAGAUGAUUGAGUGGUGGAGCGAGAUUUCGAAGCGCGCCCAGUCUUCGACAUUCACUCAGCCCGGAGAGGGAAUCUCUCGGGCAGGAUCGGUUGUGAGAUCGUCGUCAGGCAUUCAUUCUAACCCCGCCACUACAGCAGCUGUUCCAGCAGACCAUACCCAGGGACCUUCGCCCCCUUACCAGGAGCCUCCAGUCUCCCAUGCCGCUGUUCCUGUCUCUGAUGCAGCAUCACCUGUCCCCGCACCCGCUACUCCUGUCGCUGCUGCUGCUCCUGCUCCUGUUGCUGCUGCUGCUCCUGCUCCUGUUGCUGCUGCUGCUCCUGCUCCUGUUGCUGCUGCUGCUCCUGCACCUGUGGCUGCUGCUGUUCCUGCUCCUGUUGCUGCUGCUGCUCCUGCACCUGUGGCUGCUGCUGUUCCUGCUCCUGUUGCUGCUGCUGUUCCUGCUCCUGUUGCUGACGCUGCUCCUGCACCUGUGGCUGCUGCUGUUCCUGCUCCUGUUGCUGCUGCUGUUCCUGCUCCUGUUGCUGACGCUGCUCCUGCUCCUGUUGCUGCCGCUGCUCCUGCCCCUGUUGCUGCCGCUGCUCCUGCUCCUGUUGCUGCCGCUGCUCCUGCCCCUGUUGCUGCCGCUGCUCCUGCCCCUGUUGCUGCCGCUGCUCCUGCCCCUGUUGCUGCCGCUGCUCCUGCCCCUGUUGCUGCCGCUGCUCCUGCCCCUGUUGCUGACGCUGCUCCUGCCCCUCUGUAA